AUGCAAUUCUGAUGAUGCCCUUCAACUCUGUGGUGCACCAUAUAAUGCUCAAAACAUUCAGUCUUCACACGAAGUGGAGACAAAGUUCAUGGCUUGAAAAUACCGGGAUUGCUUUAUUUGCUCUCUCCAGCCGAGUUGUCCCAGAGACGGAGACGCCGCCGCCCCGCGGGACCAAUGAGAGCCCCGCCGCAGCCGCUGGUGGCGCAGGUGUUGCUGUCGCUGCUGAUCCUCGGCUCAGGUCCCUGUAGCACUGGAUUGGAACUCAAUGACACCUCCUCAGGGAGGGGAGAAUUGUUUUCAGGAGACCACAGUGCUGAUGGCCUUGAGGUGACUUCGAGGACUGAGCUGUCCUCAGGAAGUGAGGUCUCGUCUGUGAGUGAGGUGCCUGCCGCUGGGGACCUGUCCUCGGGGGCUGACGAGGACUACCCUGAGGAGUAUGACAAUGAACCCCGAGUGUCUGGCUAUGUUGUAGACGGUACAGUGAGAGUUGAACAGGUAAUUAAACCCAAGAAAAACAAAGCAGAAAGUGAAAAGACUUCUGAUAAACCAAAGAAAAAGAAAAAAGGAGGUAGAAAUGGCAAAGACAGAAAGAACAAGAAGAAGAAAAACCCCUGUGAAGCAGAAUACAAAACCUUCUGUAUUCAUGGAGAAUGCAAAUACAUCGAGCAUCUGAAAACAGUAACGUGCAAAUGCCAGCAUGAUUACUUUGGUGAGCGGUGUGGGGAAAAGUCCAUGAAGACACAAAGCAUUGUGGACAGUGAUUUAUCAAAAAUCGCCGUAGCAGCCAUUAUUGCCUUUGUCUCUGCUGUGAGCUUCACAGCUGUUGCUGUUAUUAUCACAGUCCAGCUUCGAAAGCGAUACAUCAGGGAGUAUGAAGGAGAAGCUGAGGAACGGAAGACACUUCGACAAGAAAACGGAAAUGCACAUGCCAUUGCUUAACUGAC